AUGGGGACUGCAGCGGCGGCAGCGGCGGCCGGGGAGGGGGCGCGCAGCCCGAGCCCCGCCGCCGUGUCGCUCGGCCUGGGCGUGGCCGUCGUGUCGAGCCUGGUGAAUGGGUCCACGUUCGUGCUGCAGAAGAAGGGCAUCGUGCGGGCCAAGCGGCGAGGUACCUCCUACUUAACAGACAUUGUGUGGUGGGCUGGCACAAUUGCAAUGGCUGUCGGCCAAAUUGGAAACUUCCUGGCUUACACGGCGGUCCCCACAGUCCUCGUGACUCCCCUGGGUGCCCUCGGAGUGCCAUUUGGGUCCAUUUUAGCUUCUUACCUUCUGAAGGAAAAGCUCAACAUCCUGGGCAAGUUGGGAUGUCUGCUGAGCUGUGCAGGCUCUGUGGUCCUCAUUAUCCACUCCCCCAAGUCUGAGAGUGUCACAACGCAAGCUGAGCUGGAGGAAAAGCUGACCAAUCCAGUGUUUGUGGGAUACCUGUGCAUCGUGCUGCUCAUGCUCCUGCUGCUCAUCUUCUGGAUUGCGCCAGCCCACGGGCCCACCAACAUCAUGGUCUACAUCAGCAUCUGCUCCCUCCUGGGGAGUUUCACUGUGCCUUCCACCAAGGGCAUUGGGCUGGCAGCCCAAGACAUCUUGCACAACAACCCGUCCAGUCAGAGAGCCCUGUGCCUGUGCCUGGUGCUUCUGGCUGUGCUGGGCUGCAGCAUCAUCAUCCAGUUCAGGUACAUCAACAAGGCGCUGGAGUGCUUCGACUCCUCAGUGUUCGGGGCCAUCUACUACGUGGUGUUCACCACCCUGGUCCUGCUGGCUUCAGCCAUCCUCUUCCGGGAGUGGAGCCAUGUGGGCCUGGUGGACUUCCUGGGCAUGGCCUGUGGAUUCACGACCGUCUCUGUGGGCAUCGUGCUCAUUCAGGUGUUCAAAGAGUUCAAUUUCAACCUGGGGGAGAUGAACAAAUCCAAUAUGAAGACAGACUAGGAUGCAGCGGGGUUGAGGGGCUCAAGAGCAGGCCUUGGAGGUGGUUCCUGGUCUUGAUUGGAUGUCGUGUGGAAGAGACCCUCAAUCCCCGGUGUUCGACUUGCCUGUGUACUAACAGGUGGCCUGGAGGACCAUGGGGAGUCUGGCUGGGCACCAGGGCAGGAGCCCAGCCUGAAGCUGCCCGACAGUUGCCUGGGCAUCAUCUCUCUCUCUGAUCAGACGAAUUGCAUUUUCAUUCCCAUUAACCUGGAAGCUUUCAUGACAACUCUUCCCUUCUAUAACGUUUUAACAUUAUUUAAACAAAAUAAAAACAUGGGCUCUUUCUGGUUUCAUUGUAGGAGAGCAGAUAUACUUAUGGAGUUGCUUCAGAAAUUGGAGAAAUUAUCUUGAAAUCGGGCUCUGUGUAGUAAAUGUGCCUGUCGUUGAGUUGGUUUGCAUUAAGCAUGUGUCACAUUCAGGUACAUCAUCCAAAUAAGUAUGUUCCCUGAAUUGUUUUUAUUUCUCCGAUGAGGUGACCAUCCCCCUGGACCCAGUCCCGCACAUUUUGAUAGCAAAUAGAGAGAGAAAUGACACAGAAGGUGAUAAUGCAGCAUUCCAUUGGCAGGAUGAUUUCUCAAUAGCUCAAAUCAAUUUCAGUGCCUUUAUCACUUGGGGUUAUUCACUUACCUUGACUAUUACUCUGUGUAUAUUCUUUUAGACUAAGAUAGUGCAACGUCCUUGGUUAUACCUUAUUAUUUCAAUAUUCCAAUUAUAAAUAUAUAAAGCAGUUAGAAAUAAUACUACAUUCAUUGGAAGAUAGUCAAGACUCGAGAUAUAUUAGGGCAAAUUGACCCAUUUAGCAUGUAUUUACUGUUCUCUCACACAAUUGGUUAAGUAGCAUGGGGUAUUUUUAUUUGCAUUCAAUCUAUGUGAUUGAGAUCCAGCGUCAAAUAUAUACACCAUUCUUUUAGCAAGCAUUUGUGGCCAUACAAAAGUAAUAAAUUAUUUAACUUGAGAAAAAGGCUGUUAAAUCAAAGAACUAACAGUUCCACCACGCAUAUAUUGAAUGUGCUGUAAUAUAGGAGCAUGUUAAGGGACAAUAGGCUAGGUUCUACAAAUUGAAACACAUAAAAUUUUUCCAGAGAUUUUUCUAGCAAAGAUGAAAACAGGCCAUCUCAUUAUUGUUUGAGAAGGCAGAGCAGCCUGCAGUUCCUCACGCUGCCUCUCCUGAAGCCUUCUGA